AUGUUCUUCAACGAUUAUCCUUGCGAAGCAAAAACUGGUAAAAAAAUUUUCAGACCUUGGGAUUGCGCUGACGAUCUAAGAAAUGUUUCUCAAGAUAAUACAGUAUCGACAACUACCUUAGAAAUGAAAACUAGUAAAAAAGUGUCACAAGAAAACAAGAUUAGCUUCAGACCUUUACCGGAACAACAGCAGACGCUCACUGAUUAUCCAGUGGAAAUUUAUCCUACAGUUUAUCCGGAUUUUAUACAAUCGCCACUGGUUCACCCUGCCGGAUUAUCAGCCGAUCCUCUCAUUAUGGAAGCACUUUCUCAAGGAAUAGCACUGGAAGAGUAUAUGCGAGUUUUGAGUCAAGAGCAUCACGAAAAAUUAUUAGCAGCGAAAAAACAAAGACCAAAAAAAUAUAAGUGUCCACAUUGUGAUGUUGGAUUUUCUAACAACGGACAACUCAAAGGACAUAUCAGAAUACACACAGGUGAAAGGCCCUUUAAAUGCGAUGAAAAAGAUUGUGGAAAAACAUUCACCAGAAACGAAGAAUUAACCAGACACAAGCGAAUUCAUUCCGGACUUAGACCUUUUCCUUGCACCCACUGCGGUAAACGUUUCGGAAGAAAAGAUCACCUAAAGAAACAUUCCAGAACUCAUUUUCAACCUAGAGGUCUAUAUGCAGUACCUGUGAUGUUACCUUUCGAAACCUGGGCAUCCUCAUCGAGUAAUUAUCCAUUUGUACCAAUGUUUGGAUAUUAG